AUGUGGAGGCGGAUGCGCCCCUUGGGUUAUAUCUGCUGCCAUGAGGGGGCCUCUGCUCCAGGUUGGGAGUGCCAGUUGGGUGAUAACAUGGGCGCUGUCCCGAGGGAUGUGUGGGUAACGGCGGCGUUAUCCAUGCGCUGGCCUAAUGUCAAAACCUUGAAACCUGUCACGACGAACUCAGAAUGUCCUGCAAGCCUCCGAAUUUGUCGCCCUGGCCCGGCCAAUCCGCAAUUCCCACAUCUUGCAACCACAACCGCCGACGCCGCAACACAGCUAACGCCCAACUCUGCGCUACCACCUCACUUAACUGAUCUACAAUUCCUAGGAGCGCAGGGACCCUUCGAGCUUGGGCUUGCCCUGGGAACCGAAUCUCUACGAGGUCUAUCCCCCCCACAGGUGAUAGCAACAACUACGUCCCUCAACAAGACCGCAAUAAUGAAGGCUCAACCAGCGUGUGACUGA